AUCCCUCCUCUCUCUUCUUCCAGCUCGUGUCCACUCCUUUGUCUCUCUCUCUCUCUAACCAGGGAGGAGGAAAGAUUUUUUUUUUCGUUCCGGCUGCUGCUGGCCGCCGCGACCGGAGGACGAUUUCCUCGGAGCCGUCUCCGGUUCUUCUCCGCCGCCCGGCUCCCUGGGCCCGGCUCCUGGGCUGGAUCUGACGAGCUACCAGCUGCUGCGGCCGCUUGCUCGCUCGCUCGCUUCAGGUUUCUCCUGGAUUUGAGUGAUCUUCAAAGCUCCUGAAGAAGGGUUUGUUGGCCAAGUAAAAGCUCCUAAAGCUGGCUUGCAGUUUCAUCAAUAACAAACGAACAUCAUGGGCGCUCUCUGCGAUUACUGCGGGGAGCAUAGGUCCAUGGUUUACUGCCGAUCGGAUUCUGCAGCUCUCUGCUUGUCAUGCGACCGCAACGUGCAUUCAGCCAACGCUCUUUCUCGGCGCCAUUCAAGAACCCUUCUAUGUGACCGGUGUUCUGCACAACCUGCCAUGGUCCGCUGCCUAGAAGAGAACGCCUCGCUUUGCCAAAAUUGCGACUGGAAUGGGCAUAGUGCUGGAUCGUGCGCUGCUGGCCACAAGAGACAGAAUAUAAAUUGCUAUUCGGGAUGCCCAUCAUCUGCAGAGCUUUCGAGAGUCUGGUCAUUCAUUUUGGAUAUUCCUGAUGUAGCUCCCGAGCCAAACUGUGAGCAAAUAAUAAGCAUGAUGAGCAUCAGUGAAAGUGUUGUCAGUAACGGAGACAAUGCUCAAGGGGACAACAGCUUGUUGGAUAUGGCUAGCGCAGCACUUACGAAUGAUCUUAAUAAUGAAGACAAGCAAAAGUCUGUGAUGGGCUCAUCUUCUGAAGCUGGCCCGGACCUUCUUCCACUUGCUAAUGAUCAGGUAGCCGUAUCUGUGGAUUCGACGACAGCUAAGUAUACACCAGACAAACAUAUGUUCAGCAACAAGGACAGCAUAUAUGAAGAUUUCUCAAUGGAUGAUAUUGACCUGAGUUACGAAAAUUAUGAAGAACUAUUUGGUAACUCUCAUAUUCAGACUGAAGAACUCUUUGAUGAUGCUGGGAUUGACAGUUACUUUGAAAUGAAGGAAGUGCAUGCAGGGAGUACAGAUGAGAAGCCCAAGCCGACAAUGCCAGCUGUAUCUGCUGACUCUGGAAUGUCAAAUCCGGGAGUAAAAGAUGAUUCCAGUCUUUGCAUCCCUGUUAGGCAAGCUAUUUCCUAUUCUGGUUUUACUGGUGAGAGCAUUCCUGCAGAAUACCAGGAUUGUGGGGUAUCACCAAUGCUCCUUAUGGGCGAGCCUCCUUGGCUUCCUCCUGGCCCUGACUGCUCAUUUGCCGGAAUUAGAGAUAGUGCGAUUACACGGUACAAGGAGAAGAAGAAGAGAAGAAAAUUUGACCACAAGAUCAGAUACGAGUCUCGCAAGGCCAGGGCGGAUGUGAGAAAAAGAGUGAAGGGGCGGUUCGUUAAGGCUGGUGAAGCAUAUGACUAUGAUCCGCUCGACACAAGGAGCUACUGAAUGCAUAAAUCCGUUAUGCAGUGUUAGAUUAGCUAAACUUAAAACCAGUGCCUAUUGCGGCUGGGAUAAUAUCACAGGCACUCGAGCAAUCUUGGCAUACCCACCACCUCUGAAAAGAAAGGAACCAGCGAGACAAAAAUAUCUGAAUCCUCUGCAAGUUUUCGACGCUGUUCUUCCUCUUCUGUACAGCUGAUGGAAUUUGCGUCUUCCAUUGCUCUUGGCGAAGCGAUUCGAGUCACUCUCCAGUUUUGGUGUAUGAACCCAACACAGCUAGCUGGACUCCUGGGUUUUUCUCUCCUUUGUACUGACUGUACUAUGUGGCAUCAGACUUGUGGUAUUACUUCCUGAAGAUUGCCCCCAUAGGCGAAAGAUGGCUGUAGUUGUGUCCUCUGCGUUAUAUGUGAAUUCGGCUGUAAUCCGGAGUUUUGUUCUGCAAUUAUGCAUGUGUAAAUAUCAGAUCAGAAAUAAGCUGGUGGUUGUAAAGCUCUUUCGAGUUGGCGGAUGUGAUGGAGUUCAUGUAACUUGCCAUCAAUUUUCUGUGUUGGCUCUGCCCAAAUAAAUCAAACCUCCGAACCUACUCAA